CCUGAUUUAGACCUGGGACACCAGGUGGGUGAUUCCCCUCUAAUCGGGGCCUGAUUUAGACCUGGGACACCAUGUAGGAGAUUCCCCUCUAAUCGGGGCCUGAUUUAGACAUGGGACACCAGGUGGGUGAAUCCCCUCUAAUCGGGGCCUGAUUUAGACCUGGGUUAUAUUAGUAAUCAGGUAGAAGAGAAAACUGCAGAGUUGGUAGGGUCAGAGUUGAAUGCCCACAGUAUUUUGGUUUAAUCUAAUAUGAGGAUACAGUACAGUACAGAGGAGAGGAGACGAGGAGGAGAAGUCACUACAGUCUACUAAGAGACAGCCCAGCCCAGCUAGGGGUUUGUGGUCUGUGACUCAAUUCCUGUCAGAGAGAGACACUGAGGGGAAAAAUACUUUACUUUCGUCUCUACACGUGUGACAGACUUGGUACUGUCCUAACACAUCAGGUGAUAAAUCAUGAAUAUGCCAUCGAUCUGCAUUCAGCUCUAUGUCCUGGGCCUCCUGGUGCUGAUGGGGUCCAGAGCAGAGGGAGAUUUGGUUGGAAAAGGCAGCAUGUCCACCAACUCCACCCCUACUGAUACCCCCUCUACAGCCAGCCUGACCCCCUCUACAGCCAACCAGACUCCCUCAACAGCCAGCCUGACCCCCUCUUCAGCCAACCAGACUCCAUCAGCAGCCAACCAGACUCCCUCAGCAGCCAACCAGACUCCCUCAGCAGCCAACGAGAUCGCCCAGACUACAUCGUCAGGGUUGACAGCCCUCAGCCAUUCACAUGGCUGGGAGUCCACUGCGACCACGGAAACCAUAUCAGCACCAGGUAACGGACAACUUGUCUGGGUCUGUCUUCAGUCCCUGCUCCCUCUGGGUCUGUCUUCAGUCCCUGCUCUCUCUGGGUCUGUCGUCAGUCCCUGCUCUCUCUGGGUCAGUCUUCAGUCCCUGCUCUCUCUGGGUCUGUCUUCAGUCCCUGUCAGAGAGAGAUCUAUACAUUGGAACUGGGUGAAUAGUAAUGGACAGUUAACCUAA